UCAUUCCCAUCACUUUCUCUCUCCAACUGAUAAACCAGUCCUAUGUGGGUUCCUAGGAUCCACUCACUCAACUCUCUUAACUUGUGUUGGUUCCUUCCUUUUUCUCUUCUUACUUGUGACCCAGAAAAGAAAACUCACCUUUUCUUUCUUCUCUCUAUUCUCCUCUUCUUCUUCUUUUCUUUUCUACCCAUUGUUCCUCCAAUGUCUACAACUUGCUGCUUAAGGAGAAAUUGAGCUGGUUUUCCAUCUAGAUUUUGUAAAUUCUGAUUGGCAAUUACUGGUUCUUCCGAAUGAUGACUGUGACAAGUAGCAGCAUUGAUUUUGCUGGGAAAAACUUGGUUUAUUGUGGCUGUUCUUCCAAUGCAUCGUUUGACAGGUACACUGUGAGGAACUAUCAGAAGCUGAAUUCUAAAGGCUGUGGAGCUCGUAAAUCGAUUUGCUGUAAGAGAAAGAGCACCCAAUGUAAAGUUUCUUCUAUGAAGACUGCAGAGCCUGCGUUGAAUGGGGGAACUCAAGCAAUUAAAGGCCUUACAGGAAGAUUGGACUUGAAGAGUUCUUCUUCAGAAACCCCCAUUUCACCAGCUAGGUUGUUUGAAGUUGUUGCUGAUGAUUUGUUAACGCUCAAUAAAAAUCUUCAAUCGAUUGUAGGUGCAGAAAAUCCAGUCUUAAUGUCUGCAGCUGAGCAAAUCUUUAGUGCUGGUGGGAAGAGGAUGAGGCCAGCUCUAGUGUUCUUGGUGUCUAGGGCGACAGCGGAGCUACUUGGAUUGAAGGAACUUACUCUAAAGCAUCGACGUUUGGCAGAAAUAAUUGAAAUGAUUCAUACUGCAAGUUUGAUACAUGAUGACGUAUUGGAUGAGAGCGACCUAAGAAGAGGGAAAGAAACGGUUCAUCAACUGUUUGGAACAAGGGUGGCAGUACUGGCUGGAGACUUCAUGUUUGCACAGUCAUCAUGGUACCUAGCCAACCUUGAAAAUAUUGAAGUCAUUAAACUUAUCAGCCAGGUGAUUAAAGAUUUUGCAAGUGGGGAAAUAAAGCAGGCUUCUAGCUUAUUUGAUUGUGAUGUUCAACUAGAGGAGUAUCUAAUCAAGAGCUAUUACAAGACAGCCUCCUUGAUUGCUGCCAGUACCAAAGGGGCUGCAAUUUUUAGCGGUGCUGACCACAGCAUCACUGAGAAAAUGUAUGAAUAUGGAAAGAACCUUGGUCUUUCCUUCCAAGUUGUGGAUGACAUUUUGGAUUUCACUCAAUCGGCGGAGCAACUGGGAAAGCCUGCUGGCACUGACCUUGCCAAAGGUAACCUCACUGCACCUGUAAUUUUCGCAUUGGAAAAAGAACCAAAAUUGAGGGAUAUCAUUGAGUCUGAGUUUAGUGAGACUGGUUCCCUUGAUGAGGCCAUCACCUUGGUCAAGAGUUGUGGAGGCAUUGAAAGAGCACAAGAGUUGGCAAAAGAGAAAGCUGAUCUUGCUAUUCAGAGUCUCCAAUGCCUUCCUCAGAGUGUGUUUCGUUUAGCUCUUGAGGAUAUGGUGACAUACAACCUUCAACGAAUUGCAUAAACUUGUGCAUGCUGAGGACAUAUUAUUAAGAAAAUCAGAAACAUACAUUCUUAGGUCCUAAUAUAAGGAGGGGAAACUUGACAUUUGAACUUCUUUCAUUUCAAGAAUUUCCAUCAAAUGCCUGCCUGCCUCCCUGUUCUAGAUCAGGGUGAUAAUAUAGAUAUUGAAGAAUCAAGAAAGUGCAGAGUCUCAUCAUUUAAUAUAUUUGCAGCUUCCUGCAAAUCAAAGAUUGUUGUAUUUAUACACUUUUUUAGUAUAUUCUUUACCCCAUUUUUCUUUCCAGGAAUCAUGAAAACGGUAAGGGAAUGGAAAAUAAAACUUGUCAAUUUUUUC